UCUCUUCCCAACAAGCCAGAAGGUUCUCAUUGUCAUUAAUAAGAUUACACUACAUCUAAUUCACCCAUGCCCGAAAUUACGCAGGAACCCGAGGCUACAUCGCCUCCGGUUUUCAUUCUCGAUCCCCAUGCCAACCGCACAAGGGAAGAGGACAUCGAUCUCUCUCACACAGUAGGAAAGGUCCCGACCUGGCAAACCAUUCAGCAAUCUAUAGGAACUCGCUCUGGCUGGCUUGGUGAUUAUGACUAUGGUUUUCUCUGCACACCAACACUCCCUGGUUUUACUGUUCCAAGGAUCCCGCCAUUCUUUGGUUUGAAAGACAGACUUCCCCUGGUUCUAGCUAUCAUCAUGGGUUUCCAACAUGCAUUGGCUAUGAUUGCAGGAGUUGUUACUCCUGCUAUCAUCAUGUCUGGAACAGGCAGUCAUGGCCUCAAUUUUCCACCAGCCAUGCGUACACAAAUGGUGUCCACAUCUUUGAUCACAUCUGGUUUGCUCUCAUUGGUACAAAUCACACGUUUCAGGCUCGGAAAAUCGCGAUAUUUUCUUGGAACGGGCUUACUGUCAGUGGUGGGCACCAGUUUCAUCUUCUUGCCUGUCCUCCAGAGCUCUGUCUUCAACAUGUAUGCUUCGGGGUUCUGUGAGAGCUUUGUGGAUGCAUCGGGUACUCGUAUCUAUUCAUCAUGCCCUCAAGCUUGGGGUGCAUUUCUUGGCACAUGUAUGAUCUGCAGUCUUUUGCCCAUCUGUCUGUCGUUCCUCCCUCCUCGUGUGCUCAAGAAGGUCUUCCCACCUAUUGUUACCGGUGUCACUGUCAUGCUGAUUGGAGUCCAUCUUGUCACAUCUGGAAUGUCUCAAUGGGGUGGCGGAAAUGGUCCAUGUAAAUCCAGACCAACCACUGGUCCCUUUGUGAAUUGCCCUAACAACAAUGCCCCCCGUGCAGCCCCUUGGGGAGACGCUCAGUGGAUUGGUUUAGGCUUCUUGGUCUUCUUUGUCAUCAUGGUCGUUGAAUUCUUUGGUUCUCCUUUUAUGAAGAAUGCACAGGUUGUGCUUGGUCUCAUUGUCGGAAUGAUUGUGGCAGUAACCAUGGGAUACACUGACUCAUCAUCGAUUGAUGCAUCGCCUACAGUUACUUUUCUCUGGACUAAGACCUACCCACUCUCGAUUUAUCCACCCGCAAUUAUACCGUUAUUAAUCACAUACACAUUGGCCAUGGUUGAAAGUAUUGGAGACAUCACUGCUUCUUGUGAAGUCUCGCACCUAUCCGUUGAAGGUCGCGAGUUCGAAUCGCGAUUGCAGGGUGGAAUCCUAGCAGACGGUCUUGCCGGCUGCCUUGCGCCCCUUUUCAUGAAUUCGCCUAUGAGUUGCUAUGCACAAAACAACGGCAUCAUCUCCCUCACACGCUGUGCGAACACUCUUGCUGGAUAUAUGUGCUGCUUCUUCCUGGUCCUCAUGGGUGUCUUCUCCAAAUUUGGAGCUCUCUUUCUCAUGGUACCCGAUGCCGUGCUUGGAGGUAUGACCACCUUCCUGUUUUCUAGUGUCGUUGUCUCUGGUAUCCGUAUCUUGUCCUUCCUGCCAUGGACUCGCCGUGAGCGCUUCAUUGUUGCGACAGCAUUGACUCUGGGUAUGGGAACGUCUGUGGUCCCGGGUGUGUUGACACAUAUGUUCAGCUACACUGGUACGAAUCCUUUUGUCACUUCAUUGAUCAACUCUGCCAACAUUGUUCUGGACACCGGCUUUGCACUGGGUGCGAUUGUCAGCUGCAUCUUGAACGCACUCCUACCUUCAAACCCACCCAUGGCUGCAGAGCCAAUCAUUGAUCGCCAUGGACCUGUUCCUUCCAAUAAGGAGAUCGAGGAAAUGCAGGUUGAAGCACAGUCCAUCCAUGAGACCAAAACGGGGUACAGCUAA